UAUUUUCCUCUGUUAGUGUUUAACCAAACAUCUGUCUCUAAGGGAUGGUUCAGCUGACAGAGGGGAGACAACUUCUACAGAGCUUCUGAGGGACAAGGAAGAACAGUGGGCUAGUCACAGAAGUGAGUCACAAUGGCAUCUAGCGUCACUUCCAGAGACACUUAUCUCAGCCACUUUAACCCUUGGGAUUACCUAGAAAAAUAUUACAGCUUUGGAUCCGGACACUCCGCUGAAAACCAAAUCCUGAGGCAUCUUCUGAAAGGCCUUUUUAAGAUAUUCUGCUUGGGUGAUGUCAAGGGAGGCCUCCUCAUUGGCAUCGGCUCUGACCCCACAGUCUACCAGCAACUCUCCACUUGCCAGUCCUUCAAGGAGAUCACCGUCACCCGCUCUGUGGAUCAGAACCUACAGGAGCUGAAGAAGGAGCCAGAGGCCUUGGAUUGGUCUCCCGUGGUGACCUACAUGUGUGACCUGGAAGGGAACAGAGUCCAGAGGUGGGAAAAAGAGGAGAAGCUGAGGCAGGGAAUGAACUGAGAGCCAGCCUCUGGGGGGAAGAAGGGGGGGGCCUGUGCCCCAGGCUGCCUACACGUGGCCUGCCCAGACCUCCCCCCACUCCGUGCCCUGCUCAAGCCCAGGGGCUUGCUGGUGAUCGCAGCCUUGCUGGAGAGCAGCGACUAUUUAUUUAUUUUUUUCAUCCCAGCCAUUCAACCUUUUCCCUCUCCUACACAGAUCAGCCCGUUUCCAAACGCCGUCAACCCCUCAAGCGUUUUCCCGGAGGCCAGUCACGUCACCUCCCUGUGCCUCCGUUUCCUCAUCUGCAAAAUGAGCUCGGACGAGAACUGCUUAAGAGAAUGA